GGCCCACACACAUCUUACGGAUAUCAUUUGUAUUAUUGUACUGCUUAUAUGUCAUUUGUAUGUAACUAUGUACUAGAUUAGUCUUUUAUGUAGUUGGGCUACCGGGCCCAUAUUAGCGGCCCGGCCCAUUAUUUCCCUAUUUAUACUCCUCUUGGAGCCAUUUGUAAACCUAACUUUUCCUAACUCAUAAUUCAUACACAAUAUCAUUCUUACUAUUCAUCUUCUCCAAUUAUCUAGCUCAAUCUCUCCAUUUUAAUAUACUUUGGAUAACCUAUAAUCCAUCAAUGGUGCUCUCGUUGAGAGAUUAGAGCAAAAUCAAGUGAGAAAUCCUCCCAAAAUCAUACAAAAAAUUCAUUCCAAUCAAAAGAAAUCAAUAAACAUUCUUGGAAUUAUUAUCAAAAAAAAGGGUCUGCAUCUUUGGCUCUAGAACAACCGUGCGCCGUUCUUCUCCUCCACAACCAGGUCUGUUCAGAAUCUCGCCUCGACAAUGGAGCUCCCAACGCCCACAGCUUGCCAGUAUCGGUGGAAGCUCGAGGCACCCCACCGCAGCAGCUCGCCAAUCGCUGAACUACCUCGCUAUUCCGCCUCCUUCGCAGCUCGAACUUGAACCGUGUGAGCUACCGCAAAAGCUAAAAAGCGGCAGUCGCGUCUGAGGGUGCUGAACCGUGCUGUGAGCUUCCGCCAUUAAUGGCCGUUUCAGAGCUUUGCUCGCGACCUGAGCAGAAGCGACAUCGAGGAUUCGUACUUCCUCUCCAACAGGGACCGCGACCGGUUUGCCUCGCCUUUUCCUUCUGAUAGUCUCUCUUUGGUCUCCAUACCCGGCGGCAGUGGCUGGCCAUUAACAGAGGAUAGGUCAAGGGAGUUUCUGGACCAAGUGGAAAAGAAUGGGCUGGAAUAUCUCUGCAUAAGUUCUUUCCUUCUGAUCGCCUUUUCCUUCUGAUCGCAAACAUUUCUGGACCAAGUGGAAAAGAAUGGGCUGGAGUAUCUCUACACAAGUUGUUUCAAGGGCCUAAUUUCUUCAUCAGCUCUCAAUUAUCAGCCCACAAUAUUCUGGCCCAAAUAUGAGCUAAGUAUCCAAGCAACCCAAUACUCCUAUUUAUGCACUUAAAAUAUUUAUUAAAUGAUAAUGGUAUAAUUAUUACUAUUAUUAAUUAUAUUAUUUCACCACCAUUAUGGCGGGUUAAAAACCCCCGAGGUGGUGAAGACCUUUAUGAGGGAUUAAAAUUUCCCGAGGUCGCUAAUGAAAAUUUAUUAUUGGCAUUAUUAUUUUUAUCAAUGUCAUUAGACCGGGUCAAAAAAACCCAAAGUGGUGAACCCGAGCUCUAGUCUACCGAACAUCUUUAUUUGAUGAUUCGGAUUAUAUUUAGGUCCAUCGACCUACCCUAGUCACCUUUAUUUGGUUGCUCGGACAUCUAAAAAUGAGAGUCGCUACCGGCCGCACAUGGCAUUAUGCCCGAGAGCGGUAAACGGUACACCUCGUUCUCCGAGACGCUAAUCGCGUCGCCCAAAAGCCGUUGCCAUGAACAACGCACCUAUUGUAUUCCGCUUAUUUUUUGGAAAUGUAAAUAGAAGAUACCACAUGUCGUAUCAGCAGCCUUCGAGCGAAAGGCUCUGGUCUGCUCCACUUUGUAUUUUGUAUCAGCGAAGGGCUCAGGCCUAGCUGAGAGAGCACAUCGUCCUGGCCCCGUAAGCCUAGAGUGAAACGCUCAGGUAUGGCCGACGAUGUCCCCAGGACGAGGGGCCCGCAAACGGCCCGCGUCUUGAAAUGGGAAGUUCACCGCGUCGUCCACGCACCAGAUCGCAGGACGACAGGCCUGAAAUCAUGGCCGAGGUGGCAAAAUCCCCCCACUCAGGGUUGGGCAACGGCAGCCGUUGGAAACCAACCAAAAGUCUAGCCCGCGUCAUAAAUAGGCGACGGGACCCCCCUGAGAUCACGGACGUUAUAAACGAAGUCUGAACCGGUCGAAGGACGAGCACACCCUUUGGCCGAAGCCUGAAAGAAGGAUACUCCCCGAAAUAGGGAACGGAAACGGAAAUAAAUAAAAAAAAAAGAGAAAAGGAAAAACAAAAAAUAAAAGAGGGAAGCCGAGGACCGCGUGCACUCGCCGGCCUCGAGCAACAAAACAUGAAAUCCCCACAACAAUACUAAGUACAUAUCAGGCAAAUACUAGACGAGCGCCCUGCGCCGUCCUUCAUUCUUAGACGAGCGCCCAGCGCCGUCCCUCAUUUUUAGACGAGCGCCCUGCGCCGUCCUUAAUUUGUAGACGAGCGCCCAGCGCCGUCCCUCAUUUUCAGACGAGCGCCCAGCGCCGUCCAUCAUCUUAGACGAGCGCCCAGCGCCGUCCAUCAUCUUAGACGAGCGCCCAGCGCCGUCCUCCAUUUGUAGACGAGCGCCCAGCGCCGUCCCUCAUUUUCAGACGAGCGCCCAGCGCCGUCCUUCAGUUUUUAGACGAGCGCCCAGCGCCGUCCAUCAUUUUCAGACGAGCGCCCAGCGCCGUCCCUCAUCUUAGACGAGCGCCCAACGCCGUCCUCCAUUUGUAGACGAGCGCCCAGCGCCGUCCCUCAUUUUCAGACGAGCACCCAGCGCCGUUCUUCAUCUUAGACGAGCGCCCAUCACCGUCCCUCAUUUUUAGACGAGCGCCCUGCGCCGUCCUUCAUUCUUAGACGAGCGCCCAGCGUCGUCCCUCAUUUUCAGACGAGCGCCCAGCGCCGUCCCUCAUUUUCAGACGAGCGCCCAGCGCCGUCCAUCAUCUUAGACGAGCGCCCAACACCGUCCAUCAUCUUAGACGAGCGCCCUGCGCCGUCCUUUAUUUGUAGACGAGCGCCCAGCGCCGUCCCUCAUUUUCAGACGAGCGCCCAGCGCCGUCCAUCAUCUUAGACGAGCGCCCAGCGCCAUCCUCCAUUUGUAAACGAGCGCCCAGCGCCGUCCAUCAUCUUAGACGAGCGCCCAGCGCCGUCCUCCAUUUGUAGACGCGCGCCCAGCGCCGUCCUUCAUCUUCAGACGAGCGCCCAGCGCCGUCCAUCAUUUGUUAGACGAGCGCCCAGCGCCGUCCUUCAUUUUUUACACGAGCGCCCAGCGCCGUCCCUCAUCUUAUACGAGCGCCCAGCGCCGUCCUCCAUUUGUAGACGAGCGCCCAGCGCCGUCUCUCAUUUUCAGACGAGCGCCCAGCGCCGUCCUUCAGUUUUUAGACGAGCGCCCAGCGCCGUCCAUCAUUUUCAGACGAGCGCCGAGCGCCGUCCCUCAUCUUAGACGAGCGCCCAACGCCGUCCUCCAUUUGUAGACGAGCGCCCAGCGCCGUCCCUCAUUUUCAGACGAGCGCCCAGCGCCGUCCUUCAUCUUAGCCCAGCGCCCAGCGCCGUCCCUCAUUUUUAGACGAGCGCCCUGCGCCGUCCUUCAUUCUUAGAUGAGCGCCCAGCGUCGUCCCUCAUUUUCAGACGAGCGCCCAGCGCCGUCCCUCAUUUUCAGACGAGCGCCCAGCGCCGUCCCUCAUCUCAGACGAGCGCCCAGCGCCGUCCAUCAUCUCAGACGAGCGCACAACGCCGUCCAUCAUCUCAGACGAGCGCCCAGCGCCGUCCCUCAUUCUCAGACGAGCGCCCAGCGCCGUCCAUCAUCUCAAGACCGGCUUCCUCAGCGCCGCGAGUCUUGAGCUGGCGAUCGGGCUCGCCAUCCCUUCCCGGAUGGUGACCAUCGCCUUUAUAUGACGAUCGGCUUCAUCAGCGCCUCAGCAUCAUAUUAUAGGACCGGCUCCUCAGCGCCGCGAGUCUUGAGCUGGCGAUCGUGCUCGCCAUCCCUUCCCGGAUGGUGACCAUCGCCUUUAUAUGACGAUCGGCUUCAUCAGCGCCUCAUCAUCAUAUUAUAAGACCGCCUCCUCAUCGCCGUUGUCCUCACAUCACGGUCGGCCCCUCGGGCUCGGCGUGAUCAUCUAUCUAAAGACCGGCUUCCUCAGCGCCGCGAGUCUUGAGCCAGCGAUCGGGCUCGCCAUCCCUUCCCGGAUGGUGACCAUCGCCUUUAUAUGACGAUCGGCUUCAUCAGCGCCUCGUCAUCAUAUUAUAGGAUCGACUCCUCAUCGUCAUCGUCCUCAUAUCACGACCGACCCCCUCGGCCUCAGCGUGAUUAUCUAUCUCAAGACCGGCUUCCUCAGCGCCGCGAGUCUUGAGCUAGCGAUCGGGCUCGCCAUCCCUUCCCGGAUGGUGACCAUCGCCUUUAUAUGACGAUCGGCUUCAUCAGCGCCUCGUCAUCAUAUUAUAGGACCGGCUCCUCAUCGCCGUUGUCCUCACAUCACGGCCGGCCCCUCGGCCUCGGCGUGAUCAUCUAUCUCAAGACCGGCCUCCUCAGCACCGCGAGUCUUGAGCUAGCGAUCGGGCUCGCCAUCCCUUCCCGGAUGGUGACCAUCGCCUCUAUAUGACGAUCGGCUUCACCAGCGCCUCGUCAUCAUUAUUGGACCGACUCCUCAUCGUCGUUGUCCUCACAUCACGACCGUCCCCUCGGCCUCGGCGUGAUCAUCUAUCUCAAGACCGGCUUCCUCAGCGCCGAGAGUCUUGAGCUGGCGAUCGGGCUCAUCAUCUCUUCCCGGAUGGUGACCAUCGCCUCUAUAUGACGAUCGGCUUCACCAUCGCCUCGUCAUCAUUAUUUGGACCGACUCCUCAUCGUCGUCGUCCUCAUAUCACGAUCGACCCCCUCGGCCUCGACGUGAUUAUUUAUCUCGAGAUCGGUCUUAGUCAUUCCUUUACCGAGUGACGACCGUUGCAUGGAUUUUUGGACCGGCCCCUCAUCGCCGUUGUCCUCACAUCAUGCCCGGCCCCUCGGCCUCGGCGUGAUUAUCUAUCUCAAGACCGGCUUCCUCAGCGCCGAGAGUCUUGAGCUGGCGAUCGGGCUCACCAUCCCUUCCUGGAUGGUGACUGUCGCCUUUAUAUGACGAUUGGCCCAUCAUGGCCUCGUCAUCAUUUAUUGGAACGGCUCAUCAUCGCCGUCAUGCUCACAUCGCGGCUGACCCCUCGGUCUCAACGCGAUCUUGAGCUAGCGACUGGGUUCACCAUCCCUUCCUGGAUGGUGGCCAUCGCCUCUAUAUGACGGCCGGCUCAUCAUUGCCCCGUCAUCAUAUUUCGGAUUGGCUCUUUUCAUCGCCAUCCGCGCAUCACGACCGGCCCCUCGGCCUCGGCGUGACUAUCUAUCUCAAGACCGGCUUCCUCAGCGCCGAGAGUCUUGAGCUAGCAAUCGGGCUCGCCAUCCCUUCCUGGAUGGUGACCAUCGCCCUUAUAUGACGAUUGGCUUCAUUCUUGCCUCGUCAUCAUAUUAUCGGAUCGACUCAUCAUCUCCGUCCGCACAUCACGAUCGGCCCCUCGGCCUCGGCGUGAUUAUCUAUCCCCAAGACCGGUCUCAGUCAUUCCUUCAUCGGAUGGCGACCGCUGCUUGGACUUUUGGAUCAGCCUCAUAGUGCUGACGACCUCACAUCACGAUCGGCCCCUCGGCCACGACGUCACACCCUAUCCCAACAUCGGCUUCAUCAGUGCCGAGUGUGUUGGGCUAGCGAUCAGGCUCGCCAUCCCCUCCUGGAUGGUGACUAUCGCCUCUAUAUGACGAUCGGCUCCAUCAUCGCCUCGUCAUCAUAUUUCGGACUGGCUCCUCAUCAUUGUCAUCCGCACAUCGCGAUCAGCCUCUCGGCCGCGACGUGAUUAUUUAUCUCAAGAACGGCUCCCAGCGCCGAAGUCUUGUUAUAGCGAUUGGGCUCGCCAUCCCUUCCCGGAUGGCGACCGUCGCCCCUAUAUGACGCACGGCUCAUCAUCGCCUCGUCCUCACAUUUAGACCGGCCCCAGCGCCGAAGUCCUUAUCUAGCGACCAGGCUCGCCAUUCCCUUCCUGGAAGGUGACCGUCGCCCUCAUAUGACGCAUGGCUUAUCAUCGCCUCGUCCCCAUAUUCGGACCGGUUCGUCAGCGCUGUCGUCCUCAUAUUCGGACCGACUCAUCAGCGUCGUCGUCCUCAUAUUCAGACAGGCGUCCACCGCCUCGUCCCCCUAUUUAGAUAUAGCGAACAUCUUGCGGUCUCCGGCCGAAAGGCUAAAGGAGCCCAGAGUUCAGCCAUAUAUCGCUCCGUCAUCUUUAUUUGAUGACGCGAAGCUCAUUUGCAGGCCAAUCGGCCAUAUAUCGCUCUGUCAUCUUUAUUUGAUGAUGAAGAGCUCAUUUGUAGGCCCAUCGGCCAUAUAUCGCUCUGUCAUCUUUAUUUGAUGAUGAAGAAGCUCAUUUGUAGGCCCAUCGACCAUAUAUCGCUCUGUCAUCUUUAUUUGAUGAUGAAGAGCUCAUUUGUAGGCCCAUCGGCCAUAUAUCGCUCUGUCAUCUUUAUUUAAUGACGAAGAGCUCAUCUACAGGACCAUCGGCCAUAUAUCGUUCUGUCAUCCUUAUUUGAUGACGAGGAACUCAUUUGUAGGCCUCUGAGCCACAUCUUGCUCCAUCAUCUUUAUUUGAUGACGCGAAGCUCAGUUGCAGACCCAUCGGGCAUAUAUCGCCUCGUCAUCUUUAUUUGAUGACGCGAAGCUCAUUUACAGGCCCAUCGGCCAUAUCUCGCUCCGUCAUCUUUAUUUGAUGACAUGGCGCUCGCAUAUAGGCCUCUGAGCCAUACAUCACCCCGUCAUCUUUAUUUGAUGAUGUGGGGCUCUCAUGUAGGCCUCUCGGCCAUACGUCGCCACGUCAUCUUUAUUUGACGACGUGGAGCUCUUAUGCAGGCCCCUCGGCCACACCAUCGCCUCGUCGUCUUUAUUUGACGACGUGGAGCUCUUAUGCAGGCCCCUCGGCCGCACCAUCGCCUCGUCGUCUUUAUUUGACGACGUGGAGCUCUUAUGCAGGCCCCUCGGCCGCACCAUCACCCCGUCGUCUUUAUUUGACGACGUGGAGCUCUUAUGCAGGCCCCUCGACCGCACCAUCGCCCCGUCGUCUUUAUUUGACGACGUGGAGCUCUUAUGCAGGCCCCUCGGCCGCACCAUCGCCCCGUCGUCUUUAUUUGACGACGUGGAGCUCUUAUGCAGGCCCCUCGGCCGCCCCAUCGCCCCGUCGUCUUUAUUUGACGACGUGGAGCUCUUCUGCAGGCCCCUCGGCCGCGCCAUCGCCCCGUCGUCUUUAUUUGACGACGUGGAGCUCUUAUGCAGGCCCCUCGGCCGCACCAUCGCCCCGUCGUCUUUAUUUGACGACGUGGAGCUCUCGUACAGGCCUCUCGGCCCAUCGGCCUUACGUUCUGGUCAUCUUUAUUUGAUGAACCAGACAUCAUAUUGUGGACGGUCGCUCGACCCAUCCCUUAGUCAUCUUUAUUUGAUGACUAGGACUACUGAUCAUGAUGAGCUACCCACAUCUAGAGAUCGGCCUCGACCAUCGCCCCAGCAGACGGGCACCGUUGCAGCUCCAUCUCCAGGCCGAAGGGUUCACACCUUUUGUUUCAUUUUGGGGGCAUCCGGUGUACUCUUUUUCCCUCAUUAGGAUUUUUUCCCACAGGGUUUUUCCUAAUGAGGUUUUUAACGAGGCAUCUCCCCAUCGUGGAUCAAAAGGUGUCAACCCUCGGCCCCCUGUUGAAGACAUCAUCCGACACGCAUUACUCUACUCCUCUUCACCUCAUUACACUCGCCUCAAGGAGUGGGGGACUGGGAGAGCGGGGGACUUAGCGCCUCCGUUAACCAAAGAAGCAGAAUUUCAAAUUUUUUCAUGAAGUUUAUUCACCAGACGACGACAGAUCAGCACACAGUUCUACUCUCUUUCGUCUCGAAUACUCUCGACUCAGAGAGUGGGGGACUCCUGAUAGAGUAUAUAGACUCGGACCCCCGGGUCUCACGACUAUUGGGCCCGGACAGCGGCCCACACACAUCUUACGGAUAUCAUUUGUAUUAUUGUACUGCUUAUAUGUCAUUUGUAUGUAACUAUGUACUAGAUUAGUCUUUUAUGUAGUUGGGCUACCGGGCCCAUAUUAGCGGCCCGGCCCAUUAUUUCCCUAUUUAUACUCCUCUUGGAGCCAUUUGUAAACCUAACUUUUCCUAACUCAUAAUUCAUACACAAUAUCAUUCUUACUAUUCAUCUUCUCCAAUUAUCUAG